AUGCUGACAGAAAUAGUUGACAAGUCUUCCCAUGUGGAUGCAUUUUCUCAGUCUCAACUGACUGUUCAAGAGAGAGAUCAUCUGGGAUCUAACAGAGUCUUCCAUCAGAAACUCAGUGGCGGUCUUCUUUCCUUCCCACAUCUGGAAGGUCAAGCAAAGCAUGGUUUGGUUGCAGACACUGCAAACCCUUCACCCCUUGAAUGCAGCCUGCCUCCGAUAACGAAUAAGAGCUUGAAGAACAUCCUCCCCUCUCUUCAGGAAAAUGAAACUCGAGGCAAUUUUUCUGAAUUUAAUGUUCCGAACAGUCUUCCUGAAAGUGAUACCAGAGCCCAGACAAAGCCAUCAGAACUGGAAAGCACCAGCAUCAGUGUCAAACUGCCUAUGACAGCUUCAGAAGCCUUGAAAAAUUUUAGAAACCGGUUAACUAUCUAUGAGCAAAAAGAAAUUUUCAAUUAUACAGAGCUAUGGUUUCUUGGGCUGGAAGCUAAAAAGAUUGAAGGUUUGCCUGAGACCCAGAAUAAUAAUUGUUACGAUGAUGAGCAUGGUUCCUACUUAAAGGUUUUACAUGACCACAUUGCGUACCGAUAUGAAGUGUUGGAGGUGAUUGGGAAAGGGUCGUUUGGGCAGGUGGCUAAAUGCUUGGAUCAUAAAACCAAUGAAUUAGUGGCAUUGAAAAUUAUAAGGAAUAAGAAAAGAUUUCACAGCCAGGCUUUGGUAGAAGUGAAGAUCCUUGAUGCUCUUCUGAAGAAGGACAAGGAUGAUACUCACAAUAUCAUCCACAUGAAGGAAUACUUCUACUUUCGCAAUCACUUCUGUAUUUCCUUUGAACUGCUAGGAAUAAAUUUGUAUGAGUUGAUCAAAAGGAAUAAUUUCCAAGGUUUCAGUUUGUCUUUAAUUCGACACUUCACUCAGUGUGUGCUGAGAUGUUUACAAGUGCUUUACCAGGAAAGAAUCAUUCACUGUGAUCUGAAGCCUGAGAACAUAUUAUUAUACCACAAAGGCCAAGGUUCAGUUAAAGUUAUUGAUUUUGGAUCAAGCUGCUAUGAACACCAAAGAGUGUACACCUAUGUUCAGAGCCGGUUUUAUCGCUCGCCUGAAGUGAUUCUUGGUCAUCCUUAUGCUAUGGCUGUUGACAUGUGGAGCUUAGGCUGUAUCAUGGCUGAACUUUACACAGGCUACCCACUGUUUCCAGGGGAAAAUGAAAUUGACCAGCUUGCCUGCAUCAUGGAGGUCUUGGGUCUUCCACCAGCUGAUUUUAUCCAGGCUGCAUCAAGGAAGAGAACGUUCUUUGAUUCAAAAGGUUUUCCUAAAUCCAUAACUAACAGCAAGGGCAAAAAGAGGUGCCCAGACUCCAAGGAUUUAAGCACAGUGUUGAAAACCCAUGAUGCUGAUUUCUUGGACUUCCUGAAAGGAUGCCUAAUGUGGGAACCUUCCCUGCGCAUGACUCCAGAUGAAGCGAUGAAGCAUGCAUGGAUCCAGGAACCAAAAAUAUACAGGGCAAAACAGAAAACACAGACUUCAAGGAAGCUGAGCGAUGGCUCUUUGUCUACACCAGAAAAGAAAAAAGAGAAUAUUCAAAAUAUCUGGAAAGAUAUGGCUGACAAUGUGGAAAGUGAACUGGCUGAAAGACUGACUCCCAUUGUGCCCUCCACAGGCACAACAGAAAAUGAUGUGCAGAACACAAGGAAAUAUGUUAUUCCAGAGAAACAUUUGGAAACCCAAAUGGAAAAGCCUAUAAAAAAUUAUCGAGCAGAACACAGUGGUGAAACAGCUCUUCCAAAAAAUUCUCUGUUUUUCCCACCAAUUAAGUAGUACACAGCACCAGUGAUGAUUGGUUCAGUUGCAUACCUGGUAUAUUUUGUAGGUAUUAUUUGUACUCAGGAAUAUAAGCUGUAUCUGUCUGUACAUGGGCUGUGCAGAUUCUAAGUAUAUUUAAUGUUCAUUUUACCCUCACAUAGCCCAGGCAACCAAAACGGCAUUUUAAAACCAUUUCUUUUCCUCAUCUACAUCCUUUUUGUGAUCAGAGAUCCUUCACAACCAGCAGCAAUAAAAUGGAGACUGUAAAGAUGGA